UCCGUCACCCGCGCCACCCCUCGUCAGCCCCGAGAGCACUGCAGCACCACGAGCGGCCGCCUCUGAGCCCCGGCAGACGGCAUGAGCACGAGACUUGAUCUGGCGCUUUUCUCCAUGCUGCUCGUGGGGCUCUCGUUCUCGUUCGCGUGCUACGCCCCGAGCUUGGAUGCCCCGCAGGAGCAGGCGUACCGGGCGGCGGUGGUGAUCGAAGGCGAGGUGCUUGCGUUACCGGAGAACGUCUCCGUGCAGGAGCCGUACAGCGUGAGCGUCAGGGUGCUGGAUGUGUGGCCGGUGAACGGCGGCGGACUGGAACGCGAGCAGCUCGUCACCGUGGGGGAUUUCGGCUCCGAGGCUCCGUGCGUGCUCGUGGAAAAAGACCACCGGUAUAUCUUUUUCAUGGACCCUACGGAGGAACCGUUAGUAUUCCGAGCGUCUUUUGCGCCCGUGGACACCAGCGAGCGGAACCUGAAGAAGGAGGUGGAGAGCAUUCUGUGUGAGGACUGCGCCUCUCCCCCUAAGCUGCGUCCAAUCAGGGGUCAGUCAUUGGCCGAGGGCGAGAGGCUGCAGCUGCGCUGUGAGGUAACCGACGGCAACCCCAGCCCCGCCUUCCGCUGGUACAAGGAUGGCAGCGAGCUGAAGAAGAGCCGAGACGUCAAAAUCAAAUCCAACAAGAAGAGCUCUAAGAUGCAGAUCAGUCGUGUGCGGCUAGAGGAUGCUGGAAACUACUCAUGUGUGGUGGAGAACAUGCUGGGCCGAGACAACGCCAGCAGCAGCGUCACCGUCCACACCUUGACCACCACCCUCUCACCGGCGUCCAGUCACACACGCCAGUGUAACGAGACGGAGAAGGCCUACUGCGUCAAUGGAGGCGACUGUUACGUCAUUCAUGGUAUAAACCAGCUGUCCUGCAAGUGUCCAAAUGACUAUACUGGUGAUCGCUGUCAACAGUCCGUCAUGGCCGAUUUCUACAAGCAUCUCGGAAUUGAAAUUAUGGAGGCAGAGGAGCUGUACCAGAAGCGGGUGCUGACGAUAACGGGUAUCUGUGUUGCGCUGCUGGUGGUUGGCAUUGUGUGUGUAGUGGCGUACUGCAAAACCAAAAAGCAGCGUAAGAAGAUGCAGCAGCACCUGCACCAGAACAUGUGUGCCGAGCCCAACCCCAUGCUGGCCAACGGACCCAACCACCCCGGCCCUGCACCAGAGGAUAUCCCCAUGGUGGACUACAUCUCGAAGAACGUUCCGCCAACAGAGCGAGUGACACGCCACGGAACCGAGACGUCGGGGAACUUCUCAGGCAGCCGCAUGUCCUCCAGGUCCCACCACUCCUCCACAGCCAGCCAUGCUUCCAGCCACAGACAUGAGGAGCGUACGUGGAGUAUGGAGCGGUCGGACAGCAUGAACUCAGACUGCCACUCGGGGGCGCUGUCGUCGUCGGUGGGCACCAGUAGGUGCAGUAGCCCGGCGUGUAUGGCCCGCAGGAAGGCUGCCCACUGCUGCCCCGACAGCCCCGGCCGACCCCACCUCUCCUACGGGGACUCCUACGACUCGCUUAGGGACUCCCCUCACAGCGACAGGUACGUGUCGGCGCUCACCACCCCGGCUCGUCUGUCCCCGGUGGACUUUGGGCAGGUGCCCACCUUCCAGAUCACCACGCCCAACGCUAGCCACGCGCUCUCCCUCCCCCCGGCCGCCGCCGCCGCCAUGGCCAACUACACCGUCGCCGACGACGACCAGCCGUUGCUACGGCGCUACCACCGGUCCCGGCGGCCGUGCUACGCGGUAGAGAGCACGGGCUCGCUGCCGUCCAGCCCCUACCGGCUGGCGGAGGACGACGCGUACGAGACCACGCAGGAGUACGCCGGUGGUCGGGACCGGACCUCGCAUCGCCGGACAUCGCAUCGCCGGCCGCGCCGCUCCCGCAACUCGCACGCCACGCACAGUUCCCACAGCAACCUGUCGGACAGCGAGUGGGACGAGGAGUAUUAUGGGCUGGGCGGGGCGGAGCUGGGCCACGGCGAGAGCACGCCGUUCCUGAGCGCCCUCAACAUGAGCUCGCCGUCCCCCGAGCCGGUCACCAUCUACCGGCCCACACACACGCCCACACACACGCCCUGCCUGGCCAACCCCCCCCGCCGCAUGCACGGCAAACUCACUCAGCCCCGCGGCAGGCCUGACAAUGCACCCCUUUAAACACACACACACACACACACACACACUCACACACACUCACACACAUAACACACGCGCUCCUGAGCUACACAUGCACACAUGUGCACUCCAGACAUGACUCUUUCAACGCGCUAUACACACACACAUACACACACACACAGAAACAGUUAUACCAUAGACCUGCACCGAUAAGAAAUAUUUUUAUUUUAUAUAACAGACAGAUAUUCUAAACAAAUGAAAUAUUUAUUUUCAUUUCAGCGAAACUUGUCUACUAGCUAGCAGCAAAGACUUUUUUUAUAGGGGAAACUAUUUAUAUGUUGAUUAAUUUCACUUUACGAGCAUUAUGUGAAAAACGAAAAAACAUACAAAACAAAAGAGAAUUCCGUGGCAGUUUUUUCAGGAGUUAGAUACUAGGGUAACAUUGUGGUGCCUUUUGCUGUUCACCCAUGUGGAGGGGUUGGCUUCAGUUUUUCUAGCCUUUCGUACGAACUCUUCUUUUCUACAGACAUGUUUGUCUUCUUUUCUUUCCUUCCUUCCUCCCCUUUUCUUUCAGGAUCUUCCCAUCACAACUGUGAGCUUCUCCUGACAUCAUGCAAUAUGGGUCACUUCUUUGUGUAAUGCAUAUGUUUACAUGAGUAUGAUACACACCCACAC